UAAAAAGUUGAGCAAGUUGCAAAUUUUCAAUAUUUUUAUAUCACGAAUAAGAUUCAGAAAGGUUAUGAGCUUUUUGUUUGAUUUACUGAAAAACGCUUUUCUUGGAAUGUUACAAUUAUUGUGGUUUGGUAAACGGAAAAUAUCAAAUUCUUUGAGCAUAUAUGUUAAAACAAAUACAGGAAGUACACUUUCCGUCGAAUUAGAUCCAAAAUGGGAUAUAAAAAAUCUGAAGGAAAUUGUUGCACCUCGGAUGGGGAUAGCACCAGAAGAUGUCAAAAUUAUCUUUGCAGGUAAAGAGCUGCAUAAUUCAACCAUAAUAGAGGAAUGUGAUUUAGGUCAGCAAAGCAUUUUGCAUGCAGUAAAGAUGCCUCAUAAAAUAUUUAAUAAAAAGAAUGAUGCUUCAAAUUCUAUAGAAGAGUCUAUGGCAGAGACAUCUGAUUCAAAUGACAGUAGUAGCAAACCUAUGAAUGAAAUGCUUAAGGAUUUAUCUUUGGAUGAAUCAGAUCAGCAAUAUUUAUCUCUAGAAGAACAGCAGGUAAAUCGAGCACAUUUUUAUGUAUACUGUUCUGCGCCAUGUAAAGAUGUAACAGCUGGCAAGCUGAGAGUUAAAUGUUCGAGAUGUAAUAGUGGCGCUGUGACCGUUGAUAGAGAUCCUCAAAGCUGGUCUGAUGUUUUGCAACCGAAAAGGAUAACUGUACACUGUGAAAGUGAUUUUUGUCCUACAACUUCAAGCAUACACAAUGAAGAUAUAGAGUCUCAAAUUUCCUAUGCUCGCUUUUAUUUUAAGUGUGCAAAACAUCCCAGUUUAGGAGAGAACGAUGAAGCUGUACCUCUUUAUCUUGUAAAGCCAAAUCUACGCAAUAUUCCUUGUCUGGCAUGCACAGAUGUCAAAGAGACUGUAUUAGUGUUUCCUUGUGAAGCUGGUCAUGUAACUUGCCUCGACUGUUUUCACGAGUAUUGCAUAGUUCGUUUACAAGAGCGACGAUUUGAAUUUGAUACUAUUGAGGGAUAUUAUACCUUGCCAUGCCCUGCUGGAUGCCCCAAUUCUUUUAUUCAAGAAGUUCAUCAUUUUCAUCUUCUUAACACAGAACAGUAUGAGAGGUAUCAGAGAUUUGGUACAGAAGAAUAUGUUUUACAAGCUGGUGGACUGUUAUGUCCAAGACCAAACUGUGGAAUGGGCAUUAUACCAUCUGAUGUGAAAACUGAUGAAGAGUGUCGAAGAAUUCAGUGUAUUGGAUGUGGUUAUGUUUUUUGCAGAAUUUGUUUAGAAGGUUAUCAUGUAGGAGACUGUGAAUCACAAACAUCAGGGGCCUCCACAAGUAUCUUUUUUUCAAAACAUUAUUCAGUGGAUCCUCUAAAAGCUAGUGAAGCUAAAUGGGAUGAAGCUAGUAAAAACAUAAUUCAAAUAUCUACAAAACCUUGUCCUAAAUGCAGAACUCCUACUGAAAAAGAUGGAGGUUGCAUGCAUAUGAUAUGCACAAGACCAGGAUGUGGUUAUCAUUGGUGUUGGGUGUGUCAAACGGAAUGGACCAGAGAAUGCAUGGGUAAUCAUUGGUUUGGAUAAGAGUUGAAAGAAAACUUUAAUCUCGACAUGCAUGUUAAUUUGGAAAUUAUAUAAGCAUAAAUAUCAGAGAAAAAGUUUGAUGAUAUCUUGUUUCAUAUUGUAUAUUGUAUUUUAUAAAAUAAAAAUGAAUAAGAAUGUGUGCUUUA